AUGGCCACACAAAAGAAAAAACAGCAGAAACAUGUUAGACAAAUAAAUUUUGAUAAUGACAGUGCGUCUUCAGAUUCCUCCGUAUCAAUAGAUUACAUGGGAAGAUUACGUCGGAGAUACAGAAAUUUGUUUAAUUUGCAAGUGAAUCAGGCAAAGAUGAACUUUGGUAUGCCUGCUCCUCUUGUAGUAAAUGGGUGCAUGCCGCCUGUACUGGUCUUACAGCAUCAGAGGCAAAGCGUAAGGCAUAUGUUUGUGACUUUUGUCGAGUUAAAUAAAAAUAUAAUUAAUUUUUAA